GGUUUCAUAUUGACAAAGUUGAGGCUAGACCACUAGUCGGAAGUAGAGGAACGUAUAUCUGAAGAUGGACGUCAGUAUCGUCGUAAAGGAUGAAGAAGAAGAUCGCGUGCUUCCUCUACGGAGUCGCCACGCAAAGCCUGGAUCGUGCUGUGCCCACCGACGUCCGGCGUUAUUCGGGGCGACUGCAUCCAGGACACCAUCCCCGCUCGAACGCGCGCCUCCACUUGUACCCGUGCCUUCGGCCAUGCACCUGAUAUCGUCUAGCGGACAGUCCCAGCAGGCGCUGGUCGACAUUCGGCCGGAAGACGUGACCACCUCGAGCCGGCCCUCCCUGCAGCGCCUGGGUGGCCACAAGCGCACCGUCAUCGUCUUCUGCAUGGCAGCCGCGGUGCUGGCCUUGCAGGUGACAUUAAUCCUGGGGCUUUUCCGUCCUUCCCGGGUGCACCCAGAAGAGGCAGUUUCUCUGAAGGCCUUAAUCGAGAAGAAGGCCAGAGUGUCGGACCGCCACGCCGACGGACGUGCCCGCGCCAAGUCUUCCUGGGGGCGUCGCGACGACGAUGUCCAAGCCGAUCGCGGCUCCGCCACCACCGCCGCCGCCGCAGGCGGUCGCCAGCUGUGGUGCGUGUACGAGCCCGGCCGGCGCGGCUACCACCUGCAGGACGUGCCGGUGCCGCUGUGCACCGUUGUGCUCUACUGCUGCGUAGAGCUGACGGCGAGAGGGGUGCGCUACCGGCGAGUCGAGGACGAAGGCUCCGACGGGGCGGACGCGUUCGCCGCGACGCUGCGCCGAGGCCACGCCAACCUGCCGCUCUACGCUCUCUUCGGCGACGGCGUCCAGACGACCGCGGUCUUCUGCAACCAGGUCCGGGGUUCGACUCCCAGCGAACUGAGCGCACUGACGACCACGUGGCUGCACUCCAAGCAGUUGGACGGUUUCCUGUUCUUCUACCGGUCGCACCCCACGGCCACCGUCUCGGACGCCGAGUUCCUGGAACACUUUCGGCGCUUGCGCGACGACCUCGGGCAGGUUGGCCUGUUCGUCUCGGCCGUGGUCUCCUUCCACAAGGAUCAACCCGACGGGCCGCUGUCGAUCAAGAGCGUGCUGUCCCUGGUGCAGGACGUCGUGGUCCUGCGCACGCACGACUUGUCUCCGGCGCCGGCGGACGCAGCCGCCUGCCCGAUGCCGUUCGCCCUGGGAGGUGCGACGAGGGCGCCGAGCCUGUCGCGGCUGCUGGCCGACGCGAACGAGGCGGUGCCGGACUUUGAGCGGUCGCUGGCGCCCCGGCUGCUCUUCAGCGUCACCUGCGAGGCGACCAGCUACUUCCUCAACGCGUCCGGCGCGUUCCACGAAGGCGACCCCGCGGUCAAGAUCACCACCGGCUCGAGCUACUGGCAGAUGUGCGAGAUGGCCGCCAGGCUGGGCUACGAGCGCCACUACUCGCCGCACGGCGACUGUCACGUGGUGCACAAGGACCGCUUCUGGCAGGCCGGCCUCGGACCCAACUCGACGCGCCUGUUCGCCGCCACGCGCCGAUUCGCGGGCGCCGUGCUGUUCGCGAUGCACGCCGACGACGCCAGGGGCCGCUGCGGGGAGCCCCACGCGCUGACCAAUCACGUGCGGCGCUCUCUCGACCGCUUCGCGGCGCCCCCUGUCGCCGACCGCGAGCGCUGAAAGCAGUGGCUGGAGGCCUUUCUUACGACGCUAAGAAUUGUCGAGUUAUUUGUAUGCUUGUUUUUUUUUACAAUUGUGUCGUGGAACAAGUGUAUAUGAUUGCACAUGAAUGAAAUGAGGUGUUCUCUGCCUUUUCUUUUUCAAUCUAAA